CUAUGUAGACCAGGCUGGCCUUGAACCCACUUGCCUCCGCCUCUCAGAGUGCUGGGAUUAAAGGCUUUUGCCACCACACCUAGCUUCAGUCAAUCUUUUACACAGAUCUUUAGAUUCUCCCCUAAUCCCAAAUCAGGUCUCUGGAGUCAGUCCUAAAUCAGAGGACUAAACAUCCUAGUUUGGAUAUUCAUGAUCCUAGAAUCCGGUUUUUCCCUGUACCACUUUGAGCCCUUGGGCAAAUAAAAUUUCUUCUUGUCUGUUCCUUUAUUCCAGUGUCUGGACAGGGAAGACAGUUUUACUCGAUCAUUAUGAAGGUCCCUUUUACCGAAAUUCUGUGAUUUCUUCAAAGUGUUUUCUAGACACACCCACGGAGCAGGUAUGAGGAAGUGCUCACACUUCAGAUCUGGAGACAGAGCUCUGAAGUUUCUUACAUAGGCCGCUGGGUUGUCAUUCACACACUCUUGAGGUUUUCAGAACAGGAAAUUAGGUGGGGUAAACUUUGCCUGUGAGAAACGUCACAGGUCAACGCUGCUUUCAGUUGAAAGAUGUGUUACUGUGAGUGGAGCACAGCUGAAGAACCAAGGCUUCUGUGUAUGCCCAGCCAGCAGGGUCGCCAUGAUUCUGUCCUCUUACAGCUCCUUCCAGUCAAUCCUCUGCUGCUGCUGCUGCUGUUGCUCAGUGCAGAAAAGACAGGUGAGAACACAGUUAAGCCUGAGCAGAGACGAAGAACUCUCAGAAAAACAUUCCCAGCGUCAGAAGCCGUGGUUCUCCAAACUGAUGGGCAAAACCCAAUCCAAUAGAGGCGGGGUGCAACCCUCAAAGCGCAAACCGCUGCCUCCCCUCCCGCAGGAGCUUCCAGAAGAGAGAAUCCAGGUCAAGGCUCUUUAUGAUUUCCUGCCUCGGGAGCCUUGUAAUUUGGCACUGAAGAGAGCAGAAGAAUACCUGAUAUUGGAGAGGUGUGAUCCUCACUGGUGGAAGGCCAGAGACCGCCUCGGGAAUGAAGGCUUAAUCCCGAGCAACUAUGUGACAGAAAACAGACUCACCAAUUUAGAAAUAUAUGAAUGGUACCAUAAGAACAUUACGAGAAACCAGACAGAACGCCUACUGAGGCAAGAGGCUAAAGAAGGUGCAUUUAUCGUGAGAGAUUCAAGACAUUUGGGGUCCUACACAAUCUCCGUGUUUACGAGAGCCGGGAGGCGUGCAGAGUCUUCAAUAAAACAUUAUCACGUUAAGAAGAAUGACUCAGGACAGUGGUACAUCACUGAAAGACACCUCUUUCCCUCAGUUCCCGAGCUGAUCCAGUAUCACCAGUACAAUGCAGCUGGUCUCAUGUCCCGUCUCCGCUAUCCCAUUGGGCUCCUAGGCAGCUGUUUACCAGCCACAUCUGGUUUUAGCUAUGAAAAGUGGGAGAUAGAUCCGUCAGAGUUGGCUUUUGUCAAGGAGAUCGGAAGUGGUCAGUUUGGGGUAGUCCACUUAGGAGAAUGGAGAGCACAUAUCCGGGUCGCCAUCAAGGCCAUCAAUGAAGGUUCCAUGUCUGAAGAAGAUUUCAUCGAGGAAGCCAAGGUGAUGAUGAAACUGUCACAUUCGAGGUUAGUUCAGCUUUACGGGGUGUGUAUACAACAGAAGCCCCUCUACAUAGUGACGGAGUUCAUGGAGAACGGCUGCCUGCUUGACUAUCUCAGGGAGAGAAAAGGCAAGCUUCAGAAGGCGUUGCUUAUGAGCAUGUGUCAGGACAUAUGUGAAGGGAUGGCGUACCUGGAGAGGAGCUGCUAUAUUCACAGGGAUCUGGCUGCCAGGAACUGUUUGGUCAGUUCUGCCUGUGUAGUAAAGAUCUCAGACUUCGGCAUGGCGAGGUACGUUUUGGACGAUGAAUAUAUCAGUUCUUCGGGAGCUAAGUUCCCAGUCAAGUGGUGUCCGCCUGAAGUUUUUCAUUUCAACAAGUACAGUAGCAAGUCUGAUGUCUGGUCGUUUGGAGUUUUAAUGUGGGAAGUUUUUACAGAAGGAAAAAUGCCUUUUGAAAAUAAGUCAAAUUUGCAAGUGGUGGAAGCCAUUUCUCAAGGUUUCCGGCUAUAUCGCCCUCACCUGGCCCCCAUGUCCAUAUAUAGAGUUAUGUACAGCUGCUGGCAUGAGAACCCUAAAGGCCGCCCGACAUUCGCUGAGCUGCUUCAGGUUCUCACGGAGAUCGCAGAAACUUGGUGACUUUAAGUGGAACGCCAGCCCACAGGGUCAUCUUGCAAAACUGUCACAAGGUGAAACCAUGAGCAUCAUUGAUGGGGAGUAUCUCUACUCGGGUUGUUGACUCUUGGCUGUGGAGCAAAGGUCACAGGCUUGUCACACUGAUCUCAAUGCAAAAUAUUUUGAUAGUAGUCUUUGUACAGGUGGGAGAGGGACUUCUGAACUCCACUUCUGAGCUCCUUUCACAUCCUGUAUGUGAAAAGAGUACAUACACUCCACAUCAGCCCUCCAAAUGGCUUCUUCAUGAUAGGACCCUCACAACCCUUACCUGGACAUUGACCUCUAAUUCUUCUUAAGGCCAAGGCAACUUCUUUCUUGAGGACUGACAUUUCUCUCUGGAGUGGUCCAUGCAGAGAAGGGAAAAUACUAGAUUCUGCCAACUCAUGGAAGGAAGAAACCUUCCCAACAGUUUCAUGUUUGGGGCUGUAUAAAUGUUUAUAGAAAACAUGGCUUUAGAAACCUAUGUGCACAUUCUAGAAAUGCCUUUUAUAAUCUUGCCAUAUGUUAUUUAAUAAACUCUUGUUAAUUAU